GUCAACCCGUUUCCCAUCAGUAAUCAAGGGAAACGAUCCCUUUCCCCUUGAUGAACACCUUCGAAAACCCUAGAAACUGAAACCCUAAUUCAAUGGCGGCUUGAUCUUAUUGAUCUCAUAUAUAUAUAUAUAGAUAGAGAGAGAGAGAGAGAGAGAGGGGGAUGGAGGAGGCGAGAGGAGAAGGAAGAGGCGAAGGAUGGUGGUGGUGGGCGGCGGCGAGCUCGGCGCAGUUGGUGGCGGGGAUCACGGCGUACCGGCGAGGAAGCGGUGAAGGAGCAGUGAUGCCCUUCAAGGCAUUCUCCAUUGCGACUCUCUUCGUUAGCGCCGGCGCUACGGCGGUCGCCGGAGCGCUUCAAGCCUCCGGCAUCCAUACGGUGGAUGAUAUGAAAGAAGUUGGCUUGAGAAUUCGGAGAUGGAUGAUGACAGCAGCUACAAACAAACAAGACUAAAAAGGUAACUAACUGAGGCAUAUUUAUGGAACUUUCUUGUAGAUUUGAAAGGAGGAAUUUAGAUAACUUGGUUUUAUGUCAUUGAAGUCCCUGUUCUUGUUUUUGUCACCGGUUCUGAAUCCUUUUUCAGAUUUCUUAUUUUCAAUGUGUAUGUACAAAUAUAUUACUUUCAGGGGGGUAAAUGAAAAACACAGCAGAAAAAUGAUAAUAUUUCAAUGUGUAUCCAUUUACCUUGAUAUUCAUACAGUU